GAAAUGUGGGGCGUGGUAACAGGCCUUACGUUCACAUUCAAUGUGGAGAAGAACAAUGCCUGUGCAAAUUUCACCAUGGGUCACUAUCCCGACAGCUGCCAUUUUCGAGAUAUUCUUGAUUUGGUCCAGAACCCACCGGAGAAUGGACCCUGGUCUCCGUCAAAGCUUACACUGGUGAAAGAGGCAUACUGUGAGCAACACCACAUGAUGUGCCCAUUGGGACUCCAGGCAGGCUCUGAAGAUGAUUGUGGUUUGCUGGGAGCUCCUUGCAUACUGUGGUCCAAGUAUGGGAAAAAGGAAGGAUUCGCCAACUCUGUUGUCAAACGUUUGCAUGAUGUUGGGACACGCUUCCAACAGAAAUGUCCAGUAUCAGUGCAUGAAAAUGUACCGGAGUAUGAAGAGGCUUCACCCCAGGAUGUUCGGCCACCCGAAUUCCCGACCGAGAUCAUGGAGGAUUUGUUUCCACAAGGACAAGAAACAUUGGGCUUCCAAGUAUUCCCUUGAGGAACUUGCUGGAAUUCUGCUUGUGGGAAAGGACACCCCAGUCCCACUGAACUAUGAAUGCUAUUUGUUUGAACUGCGAAAUGCAAAUGGUGCUCUUACAGAAGACCAGUUGACCAAGUCCCAUGCGCAUCAUCUGGAGAAGUUUCGUCGAGCUUGCCCAGAGAAAGGCCUUUAUGAUUUGUCAGCGAAUGUUGACAAGCGCAAACGUGUGGAACUGAAAGACAGGACACUGCCAUGCCUCACAACUAGCUCCUACUUCUGGUCUGAACCAAAGGGUCGGACUAUGACUGGUCGGGAGCAUCUGCAUGCUCUUGGAUACCCGUGUUGGGGGCCAGGUGCCGCAGCAGCUCGGGUGGACCCCAUUGAUACUUCAGAAGUUCGAGAGUCUGCCCUGCGAUCUAUGGCGGGCAAUGGCAUGAGCCUACCCUGUGCCGGCUUUACUCUUUUGAUGGCCGUUUUGUUUGUAGAAGAUAAAUAGAGUGAAAGCUAAUUCGAUGAUGCCAUAUGAUAUCAACAGGCUUUGCAUCGACAAUGUUGAAAAA